AGCGCCUUGUGAAGUGCUGAUAGUAUUCGGAUUCUUGCACUUCCCGCAUCAUUUAUUCGGGUUGUAAAUUUGUCAGCCGUGGCUGGCCGCGUCUUCUGCUCACGCGUCUAAGAUUCGAGUCAACUAACGCAAAAUUCCUCUACUCGUGUUCCUAUAUUCUUCAUCAAAACUCCUUUCAAUUUCACCAUUAUUCACAAUUUCUAGGGUUCUUCGAUUUUUUCUUAGUUUCCCCCAAAUCUUCCCCUCGAUCAACCUAUAUAUAUACAUAUUUCUAGCUAGAGGGAAGAACUUGUUGAUUUAUGAUUGGAGAAUAUGUACAGUAAUUUCAAGGAGCAAGCCAUCGAGUAUGUCCGGCAAGCAGUUCAGGAAGAUAACGCCGGGAAUUAUGCGAAGGCGUUCCCGUUGUACAUGAACGCGCUGGAGUAUUUCAAGACUCAUUUGAAGUACGAGAAAAACCCUAAGAUUCGGGAAGCGAUUACCCAGAAGUUUACCGAGUAUUUGCGCCGUGCCGAGGAGAUUCGCGCUGUUUUAGACGAGGGUGGUGGUUCGGGACCGGCGGCGAACGGCGAUGCUGCGGUGGCCACGCGGCCGAAGGGGAAACCCAAGGAUGGUGGUGGUGGUGAGGGAGAUGGGGAGGAUCCUGAGCAGGCUAAGCUUAGGGCUGGGUUGAAUUCGGCGAUUAUUAGGGAGAAACCGAAUGUAAAGUGGAACGAUGUUGCUGGAUUGGAAAGUGCUAAGCAGGCUUUGCAGGAAGCUGUGAUUUUGCCCGUUAAGUUCCCCCAGUUUUUCACUGGCAAGAGACGGCCAUGGAGGGCUUUUCUUUUAUAUGGUCCACCAGGGACAGGGAAGUCAUAUUUGGCAAAGGCUGUUGCUACUGAAGCAGACUCCACUUUUUUCAGUGUUUCAUCCUCAGACCUGGUCUCAAAGUGGAUGGGUGAGAGUGAAAAGCUAGUUUCAAACCUUUUCCAGAUGGCUCGGGAAAGUGCUCCUUCAAUCAUAUUUGUUGAUGAAAUUGAUUCCUUGUGUGGUCAGCGAGGUGAAGGAAAUGAGAGUGAAGCCUCAAGACGUAUAAAAACGGAAUUGCUUGUACAAAUGCAGGGGGUUGGAAAUAAUGAUGAGAAAGUUCUAGUUCUGGCAGCCACAAAUACUCCAUAUGCCCUUGAUCAGGCUAUUAGGCGACGAUUUGAUAAGCGUAUUUAUAUUCCUCUACCGGAUCUCAAGGCCCGGCAGCACAUGUUUAAAGUUCAUUUAGGAGAUACACCUCACAACUUGACUGAGAGUGACUUCGAAGACUUGGCUCGUAGGACAGAAGGAUUUUCUGGAUCAGAUAUUUCUGUUUGUGUCAAGGAUGUCCUUUUUGAACCUGUUCGCAAAACUCAAGAUGCCAUGUUCUUUAUAAAGACUCCUAAUGGUAUGUGGAUGCCAUGUGGACCAAAGCAAUCAGGUGCUGUCCAGAUAACUAUGCAGGAUCUAGCCGGUAAAGGACUUGGUGCUAAGAUAGUCCCACCUCCGAUAUCUAAAACAGACUUUGACAAAGUGUUGGCAAGACAGAGGCCAACAGUGAGCAAAGCUGACCUUGAGGUGCAUGAGAGAUUCACCAAUGAGUUUGGAGAGGAAGGUUGAGAGAAAGGUUGCAUUGGACGUGCUAUUUAUGCAACUUCCUCUCAUUUGUAUUCUAUAUGAACUUUGUGCUGAUUGUACGAGCCUCUUUCGGAGGAAAGAUACAUGGCUUUGCCUUUCUAUUCGCAAGAAGUGAACUCUGAUACUUCCAAUAUCAAUGUAUUUUUUUGUUAAAUGUCAAAAAGAUGAGUCUGAAUGUUGCCUCAAUAAUUGCGGUUUGCGUCUGGAUAUUUUUGUAUCUCUUUUCUGGUAAAUAUCUGACAUAGUUCUUUAGUUA